GAGAUUUGUACUAGCAUGAUUAUCAAGCCAACUUCUUCGGUCGAGGACGGUGAUAUGAUGACGAGAGUUAGUCGUCCUGCAGUCCGACAGAAGCGCAGCUCCAUGACUAUAGAUAAAAACUCUCGGAAACGAAGGAAGUGUAAGUGUAUUAUGAAGUUUUCCUCCUGUCAAUGUUAAUCGUCCACUGAGCGUUCAUCAUACGGUACAGCCUUUGGUUUUCCUGCAAGAUGUCGCUAAUAUUUUAUCUUUAGUUUCUUCACCAUUUUACCGGUAUAGAUAAUUUAUCAUGUCUGUCCAGUUUAUUGUAAAAUGUAGAGGUGAUUCCAUGAAUAGAUUAUAGUAUUGGUGCAGAAAGUAUGUAUAAUAAAUGAAGAUGUCGUCAGCAGUUGCAGUCUUCAAUACGACUUGCAAGAUUCGUGAGAGUACUGUGAACUGAGCUAAGAAGCAUGUGGGAGCAUCUGUCAGUGCUGAGAAUGUGCGGUUAGCGUUGAGCGUGUACCACACUAGCAUGUGAAGCAUAAGGCCUAUUGGCAUCGUAUACUUCACUUCAACUAGUGUAUUUUGGAAGUAAUAUUAAAUUGCUGGUUUUAAUUGAAAGUUGCUAAUGUUCAGGGUACCUUUUUAACCAUUUUGUGAUUCGUAGAUAAUACACUUAAACUACUAGUUUGUAAUUCACAUAACUAUAAAACGAAGUGGUGCAGACUCGCUGAGUUUUCGUUGCCAGCGUCUGCAUGACUAGACACUAUGAUUAGUUCCUAGUGUUGCUUAAUUGAUGACUUAGAAAACUACCCUUGUUCACUGUUGCCAGGUCAUAUUUUGUAUUCUUAUUAAGUAAGCUAACUUCUGUGACACUGCCACAAGUAUUUUAAUUUCAGAUCACUUUUCUUUUAGUCGAAGCCACCAGUGCUCCUCAGUCUCCGUCGGAACAAGUGGUGGCAAACUACAAAGAGGGAAGAAACAUUUCAGCUUUCUCUACUCAGGGAAUCGCUCUCUUCUUGGGGGUUGGGGAUACUGGUCAGCUUGGAUUGGGGCCAGAUAUAACGGAGCGCUCAAGACCAGCUCAUCCUACUCCAGAAAGCCUUAGUGCUCUACAGAUAACUAAGGAGAAAUCUCAGUCUUAUUUCACACAAAUAUGCUGUGGAGGCAUGCAUUCGGUUUGUUUAACGGUAUGUGGGAAUGUUGCUACAUGUGGUUGCAAUGACGAAGGAGCGUUGGGGAGAAUCACUCAAACGGAAUCUGGGACUACUGAUAAUGAUAGUCGCAGUGGUUUACAUCCCGUCGUAGACGAAUGCCAUCUUGGCCUGGUAUCAUUCCCGGUGAAGGUGAAAGUAGUAAUGGUGUCAGCUGGUGAUAGUCAUACGGCAGCUUUGGAUAGCAACGGACAAGUGUGGUUGUGGGGUACAUUCCGAGGCUCGAGUGGUCCUAUUGGGCUUACACAACCUGGGGAGAUUUCCGAAACACCUCGUCCUCUUCUAGCUUACCCCUUAAAUGGUUCAGCUGAAAGCAGUGAUACUAUUCCAGCCACUGAUUCCAAAUCUGGUCGGUUAAUAAAUUCUGCGCUGUUGACUCCUGGAGCAUCAGUCAUUAAAAUUGCUUCCGGUCAGGACCACUUAGUUUGUCUGACAGAUGAUGGUCGUCUCUACACAAUGGGAUGUGGUGAACAAGGUCAGCUUGGUCGUGUGGCUGAACGCUUUGCUAAGGAUGGGGGUCGUUCUGGAAUAAGUUCUCUUCUACAGCCUACGGAAUGUCGGGUCCGUGGGGCUGUUAGGUUUUCUAAUGUAUGGGCUGGAGGGUUCGGCACGUUUGCACUUUGUCAGUCCACAGGCGCCGUUUACGCCUGUGGUUUAAAUAACUAUGGCCAACUAGGUCUACGUGAUACCACCAGCCAUGAAAUAUCAGUCGAUUCUAAUUCUCUUGAAGAGACCAUGGAAACUGAAGUGUGUAUUAAUGAAAAUGCUGCACGAUUAGUAACUGAUCGUCAUGAGGCCGAUAGAUCGGAAGCUCAGCUGGUAGCUCGACAAGGUCCCAUCAUUCAGUUCAUGCUGACACGGGCGUUUGGAUUUGACCCAGGACGUGAAUGGCGUCAGUUUGCAAUCUCUAUGCAUCAUACAGUGGCUUUAGACAGUCUUGGUCAUGUUUAUGUCGUUGGUCGACCAGAUUAUGGUCGUCUUGGUUUGGGACGGGGUUCAAACGUCUCAAAAAUUUCGGUGAACAAGCCUACGCGCGUGCUUGGUGCACUUAAAGAAUGUGUUUGCUCUUGGGUUGGUUGUGGAGAGGCGUGUUCAUUCGCUGUUGACACGAAUGGUCGUGGCUACUCCUGGGGCAUAGGGAGUAAUCAUCAGUUAGGCCACGGGUCGGCUGACGAUGACAGUUGGGAACCAGAAAUAAUGGUGGGGAAACAACUAGAAGAUCGUCGUAUCUUGAUGAUUGACGCUGGUGGUCAACACACCGUCAUGCUGGCCUGUUCUACCGUCCAGUCAAAUGAAGUCAAUGCAGAUACAGAUGUAGUAAUGCGCAACGUUAAUGAAGUGUCAAACGGUACCCCUGAAUCCUCUGUAGUUAUUGAUGCUAACACUACAUUGACUUCGGAUUCCAACGUAUGUUCAAAUAAUACUGUUGAAAAACAAAUUGAUAACACAUUAUCAUCUGAACCAACCAAAAUAUCAGAUACAACGGCUGACACGUCAAUGGAACCCAUUUUGAUUGCGCCUAUGGGACCAGGUGCUCCACAAAGUAAACGUAACCGUCGUUCAAGUCGUUCAUCAGUUGCUGGUAGUACAGGAACUACAUUACUUACUCCCGUUGGAUUCAGUUGUGACAGUACUACUGGGAGUACGGCGGGGGCAACAAUCAAUAGUAGUGUUCAUAGUUCUGCCGUUUCAGAUACUUGUUCGGUUGGAUCUUGCGCAUCAACUAGUAGUACUAGUAGUCAGCUGAAUAGUGCAAAAAGUACUGAUGGUGGUGGAAGUAGUCGCUGCAGCUCUUUUGAUAACUACAGUGUGCAAAGUAGUUUAUUGUUAUUACCGUCAGCAGAAGAAAAAACCUGUAAAGACAAGUAAUGCUGUGAAGACUAUUUAACUUAAUAUCAUUAUGCAACAGCAAGUAGCACUGUAAUUGGUUUCUCCUUUUAUUCCAAAAUGCUCAGCAAGAUUAUUAUCAUUAUACAUACAUAACUUUUCUCAUUAUGUAACUAAGAAUGCCUAUCACCUUAGAGUGUAAGAUAAUUUCCUUCGUGUGCUUAAUUUUUUUUACGAUUCCUGAACAUCCCACACAAAAAAUCAGACACCAGUUGUAUAAUAUAACUACUUAUUUAUCUUUUGUAUAUGUAUAUUGUGUAUGUGAAAUUGUUAUUAUAAUGAUUGUUUAGCUC